AUGAACAUGGGUACUUGCUGCAACAAGAAAAAAACUUGGAGGAAACACGGGCUCCGGGAAAGUCAACCUAGCUACAGUGGAUCUCAGAUCCGAUCGAGCUCGAGCUCCUUCGACGGCGAUGGCGCGGCCACCGGAGAAGAGGACGGCGAGGCGGCAGGCCGGAGGAGAGGAGGAGGGAGGCCGGGGCGCGGGACGCGGUGGCGCACGGCGGCGGGGCGCGCAGCGACGGGCGGCGGGGCCCCGAGAGGCGCGGCGGCGGCAGUGGGUGAGCCCGCCGGUGAGCGGUCGCCGGCGCGGCGGCGGGACGGCGGCGGGUCGCUCGGAGGCGGCAGGAGGAAGGAGACGGCGGGGCGCUCGGGGCCGGGAGGCGACGGCGCGGGCCGGGAGGGCCGGCGCUGGGCCCUCGCGGGCUUCGGCGGCGCGCGGGGUACGGGGUGA